AUGGAAUUCAACUUGGAUAUCGACCCUGUCACCUUGAACCUGAUCAUCCUGGUUGUGAGCUACGUCAUCUUGCUCCUGGUCUUCCUCAUCUCCUGCAUACUAUAUGACUGCCGAGGCAAAGACCCCAGCAAAGAGGAUGCUCCCGAGGCCCCUCUCGACGCCCAGCCCUCUGUCCACUUGGUGGUGAUGCGGCAAAGUGUUCCCGGGGCCCCCUGGGCAAGGGGGCCUGGCCUGCAUUUUGGGGAUCCUGCUCUGCUAGGGAAGAAGAGCACCGUUGUGUAA